UCUUUUAUUAUCUGAGAAAGAAAAUGAAAUAUGGAUGUGCUGCAAACAGUAGAUGUACGUCUACUGAUAAUUUUUUUGAUCGGCGUAUUCAAACUCUCUACACAGCAUACAAGAAAAAGCAAGAUGUGUCACUUGUUUCUUCGAAACAUACAGUGGCUGUCUACAUUAAAGGUGGUGCUAUGCGUUGCAAUACGAAGUGGGCUAAUGUUGACGAUGUUCUUUUUCCGAUCAAUUGUGUUAACGAUUGUCAUUGGAUUUUGGCUCGCCUGAAUUUCAAGGAACGAUGCAUCUAUAUCUACAAUUCGUUGAGGUCGGCGCAAUAUGACAGAUCAGCAACUGAAUAUGUUACCUGCUAUAGUGUGUUGCUUCCACUAUUCCUUCAAGCUACCAAUUUUUAUGAUUCUCGAGAUGACAUCGAUACUACUGCCGGUGCUUACGAGGGAAAGAGAAUAACUGAUCCGUUCAGAAUAGAGAUUGUGGAAAACAUGCCUAUCCAAAAUGAUGUUGAUUGUGGAGUUCAUAUGUUUUCCGCUGCUGAGUUCUUUGUUGAUGGGAAAGUUAUGGGGCAUGAUUAUGAUGUCAAAGAACUCCGUGCUCGUUACGCUUCGUCAUUAUAUUUGUAUGCUCGUUGGAAGGAAAGCUCUUCUUGUGUUAGUGAAGAUGAGGGUCCUCUAAAACUCAAGAGAACAUCUGCCUAAGGAGUGAAGAGGAAGCUAAUU